AUGACAGAACGUCAUGACGACGGGAGUGGUGGCUUAUGCUCCACCGAAAUGGGCAGCUCGGAUCCAACCAAGUAUGAGCUGUUGUAUGCACAGGCCUACUGCUGUCUCAACACCAGUGUACCGACGAACUUCUCGUGGACUUUCUCUGACAACGAAUAUACAUACGAUCCAAAGUCUAUGUGUAUACCCGAGCAAUGUCCCUCUGGUAAGGUAGAGUACACGUUUGCUUUAGACCCUGAUGAUCCAGAACCUGUUGAUCCUGAUGAUUUAUGGGAGGAUGCUUAUGCUAGUGAGGGCUCCGAUGUCGACUGGGCUUAUUCUGACGAUAGUGAUGGUGGCACGAGCUCAACCGACUAUGGGGCUGACCCCUAUGGCUUCGUCAUGCUGGACGGUCCCUCGGGCUCUAUUGACAGCACGUUUGGCGAUACAUAUACUGUGGUCCAGACCGACGAUAGCAGCGCAACCGAGAAGGUCAAGCGUUUAGCUAUGCGUUCGCUGGUCACAAGCAAUGCCACUGUCAUCACCUCUAAUUUUGAUAAUACGUCGGAGACUCUCUACGUUUACUGUCAGGUCGCCGUUGAUACCAUCAUCCGGCUGCCCAGCCACGUCGGCGAGGGCCCCUGGGCGCGUGUUGUGUCCAUGACUCCCGUGGCCCACACAGAGUCAGCGCUACCCUCCUAUCACCUCCACAAGCGCGAGGCCCAGGAAAAUUCGAACCCUGUUUACGCAUUGGUAAUCGACUACAACUUUCAGGACAUUCAGGAUACGGCGAAGCAGCCCGUCAAUAUGAGAGUUGACUUUGCUAACCUAGAGGACUACUGGCAAACUAUCGAUGACUCGGCUGCCAGAAAGGUCAAGAAGCGUACGGCAUUUGGCGGCGAGAGCCGUAGACAUAUACCUUAUCGUGACUGGCGCCGUCAUGUGGACAUUGCUAAGAAAAAGCCCGCCUUCACAGAAAGGAGCUCUGAUGACUUUCACAAGCGAGCGACUCGGUCUUUUGCCCCAAGCGAAGUUGUUGCGCACGACCGCAACGUAGCUAUCACUAAGCGGUGGUUUGGGGCGCUCACGGCCUGGCUCAAAAAGGUUACAACAAUCACCAAGACUGGACAGGGUGAUCUGCCGAUCGACCUUGAAUCCAACAUUCUGCUAUACAGCCAAUCGAUCGGUUGUUCCAAGGCCAACGCAGAGAUGAAUAUCUACCUCAAUACCAAGCUCGAUAUGGCCGCCAGCUACGCCUACUACUUUAGCGGAACCAUUGUCCCACCCGCUGUUACCGACACAUACGCUGCCAGAACAUGCAGACCUUCCUCAACUGGCUCAACGGGCCUUCACAUGCGAGGACAGAGCGUACUGGGACCCGCUAUCUAA